AGUGUGUGGCUAUAACAUGGAGAAAAUAUGGAAAAACUAAGGAGGAAUAGGUGUCUUCAAGGCUUUGUCGUGCCGUUUGCUUUUAUUUAUUUUUUUUAAUUCAAACUAAAAGUUCCCGCUACUAGAGGGCGGGCGGAGAGUCCUGUCACAACAAUCUGCCAGCUUCCUCCGGGUUGUUUUGUUUGAGCGCUUCUGAAAGCAGCAGCAGCAGCAGCAGCGGCGGUGUAAGCGCGCUCGCCCCGUCCAGACAGUUUUAGUCCCUUAAGAAGCUCUACUAGUCCAAUUAGCCCCGGAGGUGGCGGGGUGGGGGGAGGAAUCCACGCAGCAGCUAAACUCUCCGCCAGCGGGGACUCGGCGAUGAGUAUGAGCCCUGCCGAGGUGCCGUGCGCCGACGACCUGAACCGACAGCCCGCCAUCCGCAGCGACAGAGUUGGACCGCGUGCGGCGCGCACACAGUGAGAUGACAGUGGCGUACUUCCAGCCGCAGCUCAUAUAAAAGACUCGGGGCUUGGCUUUUGUACGGUAAGCUCGUUUUAAAGCUCCCGACAGAGGCGCUACCGACGAGUCCCGAGUUUCCCACCACCACCACCACCACUUAACCGGGGGCCGUUUCUGAAAGUGGUCGCUCAAACAUGGAGACGUUCACCGAUGUGCUGCUCGUCACCGCAAACGUCGGCUCGCUCUUCGACAACGUGGGUGAAAUCCAAAAUGGAUGGCUAGAAGAACUGUAUAAGACAAUCCAGAAAUACAAGCCACAGUUCAUCGCCCUGCACUUCCAGGAGGUGGGAGGAAAGGACUACAUGGUCAACAUGGACAAGGCAGAAAACUUCUUUUGCAACAUCGAGUCCAGUGAGGACAUGAAAGAUUUUGACAGGACUUGCAUCUAUGUGGACACCCAGUUCCAAUCUGAAGACAACUUUACGGUAGGAAACCCACGAGUCAGAGGUGUUCCAGUCUGCUUCCACAAGGUGGAGCUCUCCUCCAGAUUAACGUAG